GCGAAAGCACACUGACACCGGACAGGUCAGCGGCGUUAAGAUAAAAAUCUACUCCGAGGAAAAUAAUUAAUUUCUAACACAUUUUAAUGAAAUUUAUGGGGUUAACUCAAUGGUAAUAUGCCAGCUGGAAGGCGAAUAUUGUCAAGGCUACAAACUGGUCCCACCUUUCAGCCAGGACCGCACAAAUCACUAUGUGCUGGACACAGUGACGAUCGGGACGCAAACUUAAUUCCUCUGGCCACGAUGGCAGUCCUACCAAAACAUGCCCAUAUUCCAGAAAUCCAAGGAGACACGAACAUCUCAUUUGAGGCUAUGCUUUAUGUGUUUGGAUUUAUUGUAAUGUGCCUGCAGUACAUUAACUUGUAUAAGACUGUCUGGUGGCUCCCAAACUCACAUGCUAACUAUGCCUUGAAUUUCUACCUGAUUGAUCCCUAUCUGGUGGCAUUUCUGUGUGUGCUGAUGAGUAGAAGAUUACUGUGGUGUUUUGUGCAAGAGAUAUAUGGACCUCGGUCAGGUCGGGGGUUGCUGUACAUGCUGGUUCAAGCGUGCAAGGUGACGCUGGUCUCGCUGGCAGUCAUCAGUCUCUUCUUCACAGUGUUCCACGUACUCAGAAAUCACUCACUUCUUUACUGCCUCUUCCUGUGCUGUCCGAUAGUCACUUAUAUAUUCCUGUUUGGACCAACAGUUAAGCCUCUUUAUUUGAAGUCCUUAAACUGGCCUUCUUCUGUAGCCGAGAAAUAUUCACCCAAGCACAAGCCCGGAGUUGAUCGGGAGCAAGUGCUGUACCACAAUUGUGUCAUGUCUCCUGAGGUGAUACGUGACGAGGUCGAAAAUCUCAAGGUCGAUUUCAACAACAGGGUCAAACAGAUCCUCUUCAACUCCAUGCUCACUUCUUACUACAUGACGUUUGUUCCCCUUUGUUUUGCCCAGAACUGGAAAGAGAACCACAGUGUCUAUAAUCAGAACACGCUGUACUAUGACACGUGGUGGGUGGGGCAGCAUGUUUUUCUCACAUGGCUGAGCGCCUUCCUGAUGCUAUGUGCCCACUUCCUGCCUCCACGAUAUCUUGACCUCAUGCACCGCUGUUCACAGCACUUGGGACGCUGGCAGAAGGUCGAAGGCAGGCAUGCGCAUGUCCCGUAUAAUGCGUGGUCGGAGCUUCAGGUUUGGCCUCAGGGAGCUCUUGUUAAACAUGUGCGUGGACUGUUUAAAGCUGAGGGGGUCAACGUUACAGCUGAGCCUGGAAACAGCAUGCAUGGGCGUUUUUAUUUUCUGUUCCACCGGCCGCUGCGGGUUUUAAACUGGAUGUUGAUCCUCACAUGGCUUCUGGUUGGUUACCAGUUCUUUGUGCUGUUACAGUGCAGCGAGUGGAACCACAUCAUCUGUAUCGCCCUCGUUCUCUUCUGCAACUAUUACACACUCUUCAAGCUCCUCCGAGAUAGAAUCAUCCUCUCUAAGACUUAUAAAGAUGAUGAUAGCGGGCAAAACUGAUGACCAUAUACAUUAUAAAGAACAUUAUUUAUUUAUUGAAUCGUGGCAGUCAUUUCAUUUCAAAACUAUUUUCAUAUCUUCAUACCGGCUACUGAACUGAAGUUAUCGUCAAUGUAACAAUUUUUGCCUGGAUAAAUCUGCCCUCUGUUAGGACAAUGAUUGUAUUAUUGUGGUUUGGUCGGAAGUUGCCCAUAUUGUAGAUGGAAAAAAGCAGUGUUCUGCAGAUGAUGCAUUUGACUUUCGUAAAGUACGUAAACAUUUAGUCUAUAGAUGAAAUCUCUAUUUUUUUCUUCUAUUAUGCUUAAAAUGCAAUUAUAUAAAUUAUACAAUAUAUUUCACAGUUCAAUAUUAAUUUUUAUUCACUCUGUACCAAAUCAAAAUUAGAAAAAAUAGAGUUUCAAAUUAUUUAAAAUAAUACAAGUAUUCCAAGAACUUAAUUUUAAUAUUUCAAUGUACAGUUAGUUUUGUAAACAUAAUUCUGAUAUUAUGCUUGCAGCAACAAAGCUAUUUGAUUGCUUAAUUGAAUUAUUUGGGGUACGGUAACUGUAAUGUGGUAACAUGUCUGUCUUCUUUACUAAAGCUAGAUGUUUUUAUGUACUUUUAAACUGUGUUGUUCUUCUGUGCUUUGUUUGUCUGUAUAGUGAUAUUUUUCUUUACCUGUGUUGUUAGCAAUAUGAUUGUUUAAAAAAUAAAAUUAUGAAAUCUGAA